ACGGUACACGCCGGAAUUCCAAAUUUGCUCAAACCAAAUUUAGUCGUCUUCCUCAACAAAAGAUUUAGAGAAUAAUAUAAUGAACCCUCGUGAAGAAGCAAAGAGAGGAAACAAUGAUGAAGACAAUGGUGGUAUAGUUGUAGAAGAACCACAUGAUUUAUUUUCAAGAGAAUCGGCCCUCCCAAAGCUUCUGAGGGAAUCAGCCGGUGGAAAAAAGUGUUGCAUCUUUAAAAUCUCUCAUAAACCCGAAAACAAGAAGUACAAGGCCGCUUAUGAACCUAGAGUUGUAUCACUCGGCCCAUACCAUCACGGAAAAAAGAAUCUACAGAUGAUUGAAGAGCACAAACUUAGAUUCCUCAAGAUUUUCAUGGAUGAAGCCAAAAGAAAGGGUGUGGAUACGAAUGGUCUGAUCAAAGCAGUUUCAGUCUUGGAGGAAGAUAUAAGAGACUCGUACUCGGAGAGCCUCUAUAGUGAUGGGAAGAAAUUGAUUGAAAUGAUGGUUCUUGAUGGUUGCUUCAUCCUGAUGAUAUUUCUGGUGGUAGCUGGAGUAGUCAGCCACUCUGAGAUUGAGAAUGAUCCUAUUUUUGCAAUCCCAUGGAUUCUACCGGCUAUAAGGAAUGACCUAAUACUUUUGGAGAAUCAGGUUCCGUUCUUUCUUCUUCAAACUAUAUUUGAUAGAUCGAAGAUAGAAAAAUCGAGUGGGCUAAAUGAGAUUAUAUUUCAUUUCUUCAACUAUUCCUUACAAAAAUCAAAUACGUUUUGGUUAAAACACCAAAAAGUUGAGGCAAAUCAUCUUCUUGAUUUGAUUCGAAAUAUUUACAUGCCUGAUGUUCCUAAAGAAGAAAAAAAGUCAAAUCAUCUUCUUGAUUGUAUGAUGAUCCGGAAGAUAUGUAUGCCUAGAGAAUCAAAACAAGAAUUGGAUGUCAUGCUCAAGAAAGGAAAACAGGAAGUGGAUAUUUCCAUGCUGGAAGAAGGAAUACCAAAAUCAGAUUCGCUCGAAGAAGAAGAUAGUACUACUGGUCGCCAUCAUCUGAAAAUGGUUCUUUCAGCAAGAAAACUUCAGUUGAAGGGGAUAAAGUUCAAAGCGAGGAAAAAAGCAGAAACACUAAUGGACAUAAGGCAUAAGGGGAAACUCCUCCAGAUACCACCAUUGAUCUUGGAUGACUUUCUCAUUGCUGUCUUACUUAACUGUGUUGCAUUUGAACAGUAUUAUUCUUAUUGUACCAAGCAGCACAUGACGAGCUAUGUAGCUUUCAUGGGAUGUCUUCUCAAAAGCGAGGCUGAUGCGAUGUUUCUAAGCGAAGUAGGGAUUCUAGAGAACUAUUUCGGGUCAGGGGAUGAAGUCUCCCGAUUCUUUAAGGUUGUUGGUAAAGAUGUCUUAUUUGACAUUGAUGAAAGUUACUUAGCUGGUAUUUUCGAAGGAGUUAAUAAGUAUACUUCAAGUGGAUGGCAUGUACAAUGGGCGGGAUUCAAGCAUACCCAUUUUGAUAGUCCUUGGACAGCUCUUUCAUCUUGCGCUGCUUUGACGCUUGUCAUUCUCACGAUAAUUCAAGCCUUUUUUGCAGCGUAUGGCUAUUUUCAUCCGCCUAAGUGAUUGAUGAGGUCGGGAACAAGACUAUUUCCUGCUAGAGUUUUGUCAUGUUUUUUUGUUUUACUAGUAGCAUCUUCAUAUUUCAGAAAUAAUUAUUUCGUCUUUGGUCUCUUUGAUUCGGCUAAUAUUUGAUAUUCAAUUCA